AUGGGACUGUAUGGGAGCAAACGCCACCAGUCCACGCCACAAAAGCAGUGUGAGGCUGCAAAUAGGCAAAAACCUCAGAUAUUCUCCAGGAAGAAACCUCCUCCACCCCCGCCCCCGUUCAGACAACAUGUUAGUACCUCGCCUCUAAACCAACCAUCAGAGCAAGAAGAGGACUUUGUGAUUGUACUGUAUGAUUUCGCCUCCACGAGUGACCGCGACUUGGAGCUGACCAAGGGAGAGAAGCUUCAAAUCCUAUCUAAAGAUGGGGACUGGUGGCUGGCAAAGUCUCUCACCACUGGAAAGAAGGGUUACGUCCCCAGUAACUUCGUCGCACAGAUGGAUACCUUGGAAGUGGAAAAAUGGUUUUUUAAAGCUCUCAGUAGAAAAGAUGCCGAACGGUUGUUGAUGGCUCCUGGCAACAAAGUCGGGUCUUUCCUUGUAAGAGAGAGUGAAACAAAUAAAGAUGCCUUUUCACUGUCCGUGAGAGACAGCACCUCUAGUCAAGGCGACAUCAUCAAACACUACAGGAUCCGCUCCUUAGACGGCGGGGGAUACUACAUCUCCCCCAGGAUCACCUUUUCCUCACUGCACCACCUAGUCCAGCAUUACAGCAACAAAGGGGAUGGUCUGUGCCAGAGGCUGACCACUCCGUGCACAUCCCUGGUUCCCCAGAGGCCCUGGGCGCAGGACGAAUGGGAAAUCCCACGGGAGUCUCUGAAGCUUGUGAAGAAACUUGGUGCGGGACAGUUUGGAGAAGUAUGGAUGGGCUAUUAUAAGAACAGUGUGAAGGUGGCUGUGAAGACCCUAAAGGAGGGCUCCAUGCCUCCUGAUGCCUUCCUGGCUGAGGCAAACUUGAUGAAGAUGCUCCAGCACGACAAGCUAGUCCGGCUGCAUGCAGUAGUCACCAAACAGCCAAUCUACAUUGUGACAGAGUACAUGGCCAACGGGUGCUUGCUGGAUUUCUUGAAGACGGAUGAUGGAAGCCAACUAACUCUCCCAAAACUCAUUGACAUCUCAGCCCAGGUUGCAGAAGGAAUGGCAUACAUCGAGAGAAUGAACUCUAUCCACCGAGACCUGAGAGCAGCCAACAUCCUUGUCUCAGAGACGCUCUGCUGUAAAAUUGCUGAUUUUGGCCUGGCCAGGAUAAUAGAAAAUGAGUACCUGGCCCAAGAAGGUGCCAAAUUCCCUAUUAAAUGGACAGCGCCAGAGGCAAUUAACUUUGGGGUUUUCACAAUCAAAUCUGACGUCUGGUCAUUUGGGAUUCUUCUAACGGAAAUUAUAACCUACGGCAGGACCCCUUAUCCAGGCAUGACCAACCCCGAGGUCAUUCGGAACCUGGAGCGGGGCUAUCGCAUGCCGUGCCCGGACGGUUGCCCUGGAGAACUCUACACCAUCAUACUGAGGUGCUGGAGGGGUAAGCCAGAGGACAGGCCCACCUUUGAGUACCUGCAGUCCGUCCUCGAGGAUUUUUACACGGCGACGGAAAAGCAGUAUGAGCCAGAACCUCUGCCAUAG